GCUCGGCUCGGCUCGGCUCGGCUGCGGGCGGCUCCCGCUGCUGCAGCCGCUGCGGGGCCACUCGUGCUCGGAGUACCUGCGACACAACUGGGCUAUUCUUUAACUGUGCGAGAAGUAUUCCCUUCACGCAAGCUCCCUGCUGGCUUUCUGCAUCCGUAAUUUCUCGGAGCCGUUCUUUCCCUCCUUCUUCUUUUUCCCUUUCUCCCCCCUUUUUUCCUUCUUCUAUUUUUUUUUUUCUCUUUUCCCGCUCGUUGUUCGCCCCCUCCCAAUGUGUGCUGCCUCAAUAGCCCUCAUUAUGCUGUGCUCAGUGGCCCGGUGUGUUCCCCGCCUCUGCUAGGCAGUGGCAGCAUGGAUGGUGCUCUUGUGACGACCUCUGCUGAUGCUAUCAGUCCACUGCGGAUAGGCAUGCUGAGUAAUCCUGCUGUAAAUGGGCGAGGACACGGACACACGGAAAAUUAACCACAGCUUUCUGCGAGACCACAACUAUGUGACUGAAGGACAGGUAUAGCAAGGGCAGCAGCAAUGCAAGCUUCCCCACACUGUCCUGCCAAUGCUCCUCAGCCCAGUUCUGAAGAAGUCACUUCUGGAGGGAAAGCUAUAAGGAAGCUUGUGCGCAAGGCGACUCUGGUGGCAUCUAGAAUCCUCAGAUUUCCUUGACUGAAUCCAUCUGGGUUUAGCCCUAAAUAUAGUAGACAAGCUGCACUGCUUGCACUGAUAAAUUAUAUCUUCCAAAUGAUAGACCAAGCUGAUAUUAUUUCUACAGUUGAGUUCAACCACACUGGAGAACUGCUGGCAACUGGUGACAAGGGGGGCCGAGUGGUUAUAUUCCAAAGGGAGCCUGAGAGUAAAAAUGAGCCUUACAAUCAGGGGGAGUACAAUGUUUACAGCACUUUCCAGAGCCAUGAACCGGAAUUUGAUUAUUUGAAGAGUUUGGAGAUAGAAGAAAAAAUAAACAAGAUCAAGUGGUUACCACAGCAAAAUGCAGCUCACUCACUUCUAUCAACAAAUGAUAAAACAAUCAAAUUGUGGAAAAUUACUGAAAGAGAUAAGAGACCGGAGGGGUACAACUUAAAAGAUGAAGAAGGAAAGCUUAAAGAUCUUUCUACAGUAACAUCACUGCAGGUGCCUGUGUUGAAACCCAUGGAUUUGAUGGUAGAAGUCACUCCCAGGAGAAUCUUUGCUAAUGGUCACACCUAUCAUGUCAACUCAAUAUCUGUCAACAGUGACUGUGAGACGUACAUGUCAGCGGAUGAUCUCAGGAUUAACCUCUGGCAUUUAGCCAUCACAGACAGGAGCUUCAACAUUGUAGAUAUAAAGCCAGCCAAUAUGGAGGACCUGACAGAAGUGAUUACAGCCUCUGAGUUCCAUCCCCACCACUGCAACCUCUUUGUCUACAGCAGCAGCAAAGGAUCCCUGAGACUCUGCGACAUGAGGGCUUCAGCCCUCUGUGACAAACAUUCCAAGCUUUAUGAAGAACCAGAAGACCCCAGUAACAGAUCGUUUUUUUCAGAAAUUAUCUCUUCAGUGUCAGAUGUCAAAUUCAGUCACAGUGGUAGAUACAUGCUUACAAGAGAUUACCUCACUGUCAAGGUUUGGGAUCUGAACAUGGAAACAAAGCCUGUAGAAACAUACCAGGUCCAUGAUUACCUUAGAAGCAAGUUAUGUUCCCUCUAUGAAAACGACUGCAUCUUUGACAAGUUUGAAUGUGCAUGGAAUGGAUCAGACAGUGUGAUAAUGACAGGUGCAUACAACAACUUCUUCCGAAUGUUUGACCGCAACACCAAGCGGGACGUGACCCUGGAGGCCUCCCGGGAGAGCAGCAAACCACGAGCCAUCCUCAAGCCCCGCAGAGUCUGCGUGGGAGGCAAGAGGAGGAAAGAUGACAUCAGUGUUGACAGUUUGGACUUUACUAAGAAGAUCUUGCACACAGCAUGGCACCCAACCGAGAACAUCAUUGCUAUAGCAGCGACAAACAAUCUGUACAUAUUUCAGGAUAAAGUGAACUCAGAAAUGCACUAGAUUUAUCAAUAUCCCUCUAUAUUUACAAACCAGCCUCUUGAGAGUUGUAGAAGGAUGUGAUCUUCACAAAAAUUGUGGCUUCUGUGGUGGGAUUUGUAGGUUGCAUCCUUUCAUCCCUCAGCCUGUAUCAUUAUUGGUGGCAAGCCAAUUCUUUUCCAUCACUGCAACUGUAUGAGUAAAAGGCACGAGUGCAAAUCCA